UAAAAAUAUAAUUUUCAAAUUAAAAUGGAAAGGGAUCAGAUCACGAAGAUGAGAAAAACUUGGCUUAAACAACGCCAAGAAGAAAUCUACAAAAAUGAAGUUAAACAUGAGUUGAAAAAUGAUGAGAGUGUUGAUGCUGAAGAUAACGAUGUGAUAAAUAUGUAUGCAAAGAUAGCAUCCAGGUUGAACCAAAAAAUGAAAGAAAAGAAUAAAGGUGCAAAUCCUGAAGCACAUCUAACUGAAGAGGAAAAGGAAGAAACUCUCAAGUCAAAAUUGAUGUCACAGAACUGUCCGAUCUGACUGGAGCUAAUGACUCCGCCUAAUAAUUCUCCUUACGUCUUAUUUCCAUGUGGACACUCAUUUUGAGAGCAGUGACUCUAAACAUAAAGAACAAGGCACUUCGGAAGUGCCCAUUUUGUCGUUCAGCAAUCAAAUCAAAAGCUUUGAACAUAAUCUUACAGGAUCUUAUCAGAACGAGUAAAGAACAGGAUGUUACAAAGAGCUCAAAGCCUCUAACACUUAAAGAGAAUGUCCUUCAGUCUAAUUUUGAAUCAAUGGAAUACUUUGAGAUUCUCAAUUCGACAGAGACCCAACAGCUAAGGAAAGAAAUCAUGGAAGAAGAGAGAGCUGAAAGAGCACAGAAAUCUGCUGAAAUCCAAUCCCAAAUUAAUGCAAAAUACUCUAUCAUUGAUAAGCUCAGGGAAGAAGAGCGUGACUGCAUGGAAAGACUUGAGAAAGUCAAGAAGGAGCUUAACUUUACCAGAGAUUUCAUUGAGCAACAAGAGAUGGAAAUAGAGAAAUUAAAGUCAGAUAAAAAGAAUUAUGAUAAGCCAAUAUAA